ACUAAACCAGCCAGGAAUUAUCAGUCAAUUGAAGCUGAAGAAACAGUCAACAUGCAGUUUCAGUUGUUCAGUGGUUUUGUACUUUUUGCCGCAUUGGCGUGCGCCUUUGCUUUCCCUUUGCAGGCCCCAGAGGAUCAAGAGGAGGAACAGUUUGCUUUGAAGCCACCUGCAAGUCGCCUAAAAAGGGAAGCUGCUGAAUGGUCUGGAGCAGGAGGAGCCAACGGAAAGAGCCAAGGUGGUUACGCAGGAUUUGUCAACCCCAAUGGUUCAAAAGGAAGUGUGGGAUACGGACAUGCAAACGGACAAGGCCACACAGUGAGUGUAGAUGGACGAGUUCCAGUCUGGUCCAAUAAGAAUCGCUAUGGCGAAUCCACUCUAAAUGUUGGAGGAGGCGCAACUCAGCACUUUGGAGGGCCUGCAGGAAACAGAAAUUUGGACCGCAGAGUAGGCGUCGACUUCAACCAUAGAUUUUAGCCUGAUCGUUUUAUAGUGAAGAUAAUCCGAAUAAACAAAAGUUUGAAGAAA